GCGAAAAAAAGGCUAUAGAUAAGAGAGAUAAGAUAACUAACAGAAACUGUGACCUGUGACAGAAGAUAAUGCUAUAAGUGCUGGAUAGUGGAUGUGGAUAUGAAUCGUUGCUUUCUUAAAGUAUAUCUCAUAUACUUAUUAUCUAGAUAUAUAAAUAAAAUAUCAAGCAAAAAUGAUGGCACGUGACUCGAGAUUAAAUAAAAAAAAACAAUUCAAUCAAUUUUCAAUUUCACUUGGCUAGUAGAUUUUCUGCGAUCGUGUCAGAAAUAUUAGAAUUAGAACCACAAAACAGAGAAAAGAAUUAGAACAUAGAUUUGACAGUAGACAGUAUUGAAUAAAACCUAACCUAGAAAGACAAAUUAGCCGGAAUUAAUUACACAAAGCCUAUUUAUUAAAAUGUCAUCUAAUAAAAUUGCUGUGGUUACAGGGAGCAACAAAGGCAUUGGAUAUGCCAUAGUUAAGGGCCUUUGCGAGAAAUUUAAUGGUGUCGUGUAUUUAACGGCUAGAGAUGUUGGUAGAGGAGAAGCAGCAGUCAACAAACUGAAAGAACUUGGCUUCAACCCUCUGUUUCAUCAGUUGGACGUUACAGACCAGUCUAGCGUCGACAAAUUUAAGGAAUAUAUUAAAUCAAAACAUGAAGGCAUAGAUAUUUUAGUUAAUAAUGCUGCUAUAGCAUUUAAGAAUAAUGCAACUGAACCUUUUGGCCAGCAAGCUGAAGAGACCAUAAAAGUGAACUAUUUUGCAACACUAAGAGUAUCGGAAGCACUUUUUCCCUUAUUACGCAACAAUGCCAAAGUCGUUAAUAUUUCCAGCUCCUCAGGGCAUCUCAGCAGGAUUCCGUCUGAAGAUUUACGAGCGAAAUUAGGGGAUUCUACUUUGACCAUUCCAGACCUCAACAAAUUAAUGGAAAAAUUUGUAAAGGACGCCAAAGAUGACAAAGCAUAUUCCGAAGGAUGGGGUCGCUCAGCUUACGUCGUCUCCAAAGUGGGCGUGAGUGCUCUAACGUUUGCCCAACAAAGACUGUUCGAUAACGAGCAACCCAAUAGGAAUAUCGCGGUAAACGUCGUUCAUCCGGGCUACGUAGUUACAGACAUGACCAGUCAAACAGGGCAUUUAACUACUGAAGAAGGAGCGAAGGCCCCUCUUUACUUGGCUCUGGAAGCAGAUUUCAAAGGAAAAUACGUUUGGUACGAUAGUCAAAUUGUCGACUGGUAUGGAACUACACCUUCGCAGUAUUAAGUUACAUUUGACAUUAAUGAUUCUUGAGAAUUUAUUUUUUGUAAAAAACAAGAUAUUUGUUAAAAAAAAAUGCUAUAUUUU